AAGCAAUCUCCCAAGAAAAAGAAACCUCUCUAGCAAUACACACCAAACUGAGCAUGUGCAGAGUGACUCCACACAAUACGUCUUAUCAGGAGAUAAGAGGGGGACACUGGGAAAAGGGGUGGGUCAGAGAAGUCAGGAUCAAACAGGGUUUUUAUACAUUGCAGAGGAUUAACCCCUUAGGUUCCACAGUGAUUAUAACAAGCAUGCUUUACUGUAUAUACAGACUAAUUUUACUGUUGUGGGUUUAGUAACACUUUAAGGCAA